CAUGCGCGCCCGGAAGUGAAUGCCGGCUGGGUUCUACCGCGAUGGUGUCGCCGCUCUUGUAGUCCGGAGCCCACAAUGUGCCACAGGACAUAAAGUUGCCGGGGAGGGCUUCCCUGCUGGCUGCUUGACCAGUUGCAGCAGCGAAGAUGGAGGCGGAGGUCCCGUUGCGACUGCCUGAGGGCCCAGGCGGCCAGGCGUCAUCCCCUUUUGCGGGGGUCUCCAACCCCCGCCGCCUCUCGGCAAGCGAGUUCUCCUGCCACUGCUGCUACGACGUCCUGGUGGAGCCCACCACCUUGAACUGCGGGCACAGCUUCUGCCGGCAUUGCCUGGCCUUGUGGUGGGCUGCCUCCAAGAAGAACGAAUGCCCCGAGUGCCGGGAGAAGUGGGAGGGCUUCCCUAGAGUCAACAUCCUCCUCAGGGAUGCCAUUGAGAAGCUCUUUCCAGAAGCUAUCGAGCAGCGGAAAGGGGACAUUCGGCAAAACCCGGAGGCUGCUGACAGUCUCCUUGCCUUCCAUAAAUAUGGGACGGAGCAGGCACCGGCAGCACCCAACACUGCGAGAAUCAAUCCACGCGGAGGAGGAUUUUUCUCUGGCGUCUUAACGGCAUUGACGUGUGUGGCGGUGGUCUUGCUGGGCUACCACUGGAGCAGCCGGGAUUCGGAAGAUGACCUCCUGGUCCAUAAACCCGUGGCCAAGUGGACGGCUGAGGAGGUGACCCAUUGGCUGGGACAGCUCGGACCCUGGACCUCCCUCUACAUGGAGAGGUUUUUGCUGGAAAGGGUCAACGGAAGACUCCUCCUAACGCUCACGGAUGAAGACCUGGCCAGGGCCCCGUACCACGUGGAGAACGGCAGCCACAGAAAGGCCAUCAUGGUGGAGCUGGAGCGCGUGAAGGCGCUGGGGGUCAAGCCACCACAGAACCUUUGGGAGUACAAGGCUGUCCAUCCGGGGAAGUCCCUGUUCCUGCUCUACGCUCUGAAGAGCUCCCCGCGCCUCACCAUGCUGUACCUCUACCUGUUCGACUACACGGAUGUCUUCCUGCCCUUCAUCCACACCAUCUGCCCUGCCGAGGAGGAGGAGUUUGAGGACAUCCUUGCCAAGUUGCUGGUCUCUCCACAGGACCUGAAGGAGCCGGCCUGGAAGCAGUGGCGGGAGUUCGUGGCCAAGUUCCUCUUCCUGCCCUACCAGCUGGUGGCCGAGUUUGCCUGGGACUGGCUGGAGGUGCACUACUGGACGUCCCGCUUCAUCAUCGUCAACGCCAUGCUGCUCUCCGUCCUGGAGCUCUUCUCCUUCUGGAGGCUCUGGUCCAGGAGGGAGCUCAGGACGCUUCCUCAGCGGAUGUGGGGCCACUUCUGGCGGGUGUCCACCCAGGGCUGCCUGAUGGCUCUCUUCUGGCCGGUCAUCCCGCAGUUCGUCUGCAACUGCCUCUUCUACUGGGCCCUGUACUUCAACCCCGUCAUCAACAUCGACCUCGUGGUGAAGGAGAUCCGGCGCUUGGAGACCCAGGUCCUCUGAGAGGCCCUUGCUGUGUGAUCUGGGGCCAACCAGGGGAAAAACAAGGCCACUUCUAUUGUAUUUUCUUUCUGCAGAGAUAAAACUUGUGCUGAUUUGGGGGGG